AUGGAGAAACUUGUUUCAUAUUGGUACGAUGUCCGACCUGUGCCAGAGGAUUACAUUUUUCCGCCAGAAACAAGACCCGGGAGCCUCCAUGUUCCUAUAGGUGAAGUAAUUCCAGUGAUCGACCUCAGUGAAGCAGAGCAUGGUGAUCGAACACCUACUAUUCGGAAAAUUCUCCAAGCUGCUCAAGAGUUUGGAUUCUUUCAGGUGAAAAAUCAUGGGGUUUCAGAGAAUUUAAUGACUGAGGCAAUGGGUGUAUUCAAAGAAAUUUUCCAGAGGUCAAAUUUGGCCAAGCAAAAAUUGGACUCACAGGAUGUUAGCAAGCGUUGCAGGCUUAAAACGUGCACUAUAAAUUGUACUGCUGAUAAGGUUCAUCUAUGGCGGGACUUUCUGAUGCACCCAUGUCAUCCUCUAGAGCAAUGGCAGCAUACCUGGCCUCAAAACCCAACUAGAUACCAAGAGUGUGUAGGAGCAUGUUCAGUUGAAGUCAAGAAGUUGGCUUCAAGGAUUCUGGCAUUAAUCAGUGAAGGGCUUGGACUAAAAUGUGGAUAUUUUGAUGAUGAACUACUUAGUGGAAGCAUGAUGCUCUCAGUUAAUCAUUUUCCACCAUGUCCUCAACCAAGCUUGACUCUGGGUUCAUCUAAGCAUGCCGACACCAAUCUGAUUACCAUUUUGCUUCAAGACGAUGUCUAUGGACUUCAAGUCUUGAAAGAAGACAAGUGGAUUGGUGUUGAGCCUAAUCCUCAUGCAUUUAUAGUCAACAUGGGUUGCCUCUUGCAGGUGAUCAGUAACAACAAACUAAAAAGUGCAGAGCACAGAGUUGUGACAAAUCCAAGUACUGCUCGAACAUCAGCUGCAUUUUUUGUAAUUGCUUUGGAAGACAGUAUCAUAGAGCCCGCAAAAGAUCUUACGGAUGAACUCCAUCCUCCAAUUUAUAAACCGUUCAAAACUAAGGAUUUCGUGACCCAAUUCCUAGCAAAUGACGGUGACUCACAGGCAGCAUUAAGAUCUGUUUUGGCAUAGCAUCUGCGCAAUGGAAGAACGUUAAUGUUGUUUUAUGUGUUUGUGCACGCGCGUGCAUUUGGAAUACGCGUGUCUACAUAUUAUUAGGGGUGAAGUAAGCUCUACUAUUUCUAGUCCUGUCGACCAAUAAGCUCAAAGUUGUGGUGUGUUAUGAAUCAGAAUGCUGUAAAGUUGAAGCUUUAAAAUAGGGGAAAUUGUUUGCUCAUGAAACGGGGGGAAAUUGAA